UUGACAGAAAGUAUUGGAAGUAGUAGUACCAAACUUUUUCCUGGUUUUGGCACAACCAUGUCUCUCUCCCUUUCCAACAGACCUUGGUGUUUCACUUCCUCUACUGCAGUUUCUGGUGGGAUAUUGUGUUCUCAAGCAGCUUCUGUGGUUCCUGGUUCAAAUGUAGAAACAAAAGCCAAGAGUUCAGCAUUGUGCUUUGAGGAGACUAAACAAAGAAUUAAGAAAAUGUUCAACAAGGUCGAACUUUCUCUUUCCUCAUAUGACACUGCCUGGGUAGCGAUGGUCCCUUCUCCAAAUUCCCUGCAGGCCCCUUUUUUCCCUCAGUGUGUAAAUUGGUUAUUGGAAAAUCAACUUUGUGAUGGCUCGUGGGGUCUUCCUAAUCGUGAUCCCUUCUUAGUUAAAGACGCCCUCUUAUCUACCUUAACAUGUAUCGUUGCGCUAAAGCAAUGGGGUGUUGGUGAAGAACAAAUGAAUAAUGGCCUCUUCUUUAUCGAGUCAAAUAUAGCUGCAGCUACCGAUGAGAAGCAACUAUCUCCUAUUGGAUUCGAGAUAAUAUUUCCUGCUAUGAUCGAGUAUGCCAAAAAUUUGGAUUUGAAUAUCCCUCUAGGAGCAACGAAUUUACAAGCUUUGGUUCACAAGGGAGAGUUGGAGCUUAAAAGAGGCUAUGGAAGCAACUCAGAAGGAAGGAGGACCUACUUAGCAUAUGUUUCAGAGGGACUGGGGAAGUCACAGAACUGGGAAAUGGUCAUGAAAUAUCAAAGAGAGAAUGGAUCACUGUUUAAUUCGCCGGCCACCACAGCAGCUGCUUUUACUCACCAUAAGAAUUCUGGUUGCCUUGAGUACCUCUGUUCACUCCUAGAGAAGUUUGGAAAUGCAGUUCCUACGGUUUAUCCACUAGAUAUAUAUGCGCGUCUUUUUAUGAUUGAUAGUCUUGAAAGGUUGGGAAUUGAUCGUCAUUUCAGAGAGGAGAUUAAAAGUGUAUUGGAUGAAACGUACAGAUACUGGCUUCAGGGAAAGGAAGAAGUAUUUUUAGAUACUGCCACCUGUGCAAUGGCCUUUCGGAUGUUACGCGUUAAUGGAUAUGAUGUUUCUUCAGAUCCAUUGACCCACUUUUCACUGGAGGAUCAUUUCUCCAGUACCCUUGGAGGAUAUUUGAAUGACACUGGUGCUGUCUUGGAAUUAUUUAGGGCUUCAGAAAUCAUCAUACAUCCUGAUGAAUCAAUUAUGGAGAAACAAAAUUUCUUGACAAGACAUUUCCUGAGACAAGAAUUAUCAAAUGGAUCGAUUCACACAGAUCGACUGAACAAAUAUCUUGUCCAAGAGGUGGACAAUGCUCUAAAGUUUCCCUACCAUGCAAAUCUGGAACGGUUAUCAAACAGGAGAGCCAUUGAGCAUUACAACAAAAAUAAUACAAGGAUUUUAAAAACUUCGUAUUGUUCUUUAAAUAUUGGCAACGAAGAUUUCUUGAAACUGGCAGUGGAAGACUUCAACAUUUGCCAAUCAAUCCAUCGCGAAGAACUCGGUCAUCUUGCAAGGUGGGUUACAGAGAACAGAUUAGACAAGCUAAAGUUUGCUAGGCAGAAGCUGGCCUACUGUUACUUCUCUGCUGUGGCAACUCUUGCUCCCGCUGAACUUUCUGAUGCCCGAAUAUCAUGGGCCAAAAGUGGGGUGCUCACAACAGUGGUUGAUGAUUUCUUUGACGUUGGAGGUUCUGAAGAGGAAUUGGUAAACCUCAUACACCUGGUUGAGAAGUGGGAUGUAAAUGUCAGCACUGAUUGUUGUUCUGAGAAAGUUGAAAUUAUAUUUUCAGCACUUCACAGUACAAUCUGUGAGAUUGGAGACAAAGCAUUAACAUGGCAAGGGCGUAGCGUGAUAAGUGACGUAAUUGACAUUUGGUUGAAUUUACUCAAGUCUAUGUUGAAGGAAGCUGAGUGGUUGAGGGACAAGUCAGUGCCAACAAUGGACGAGUAUAUGACAAAUGGGUACAUAUCAUUUGCCUUAGGACCUAUUGUCCUCCCAGCCCUUUAUUUUAUUGGACCUAAGCUUUCGGAAGAGGUUGUUCGAGCUCCAGAAAUCCAUCAUCUAUUUGAGCUUAUGAGCACUUGCGGGCGUCUUCUGAAUGAUAUACACAGCUUUAAGAGGGAGUCUGAUGAAGGGAAACUGAAUGCUGUAUCAUUGUGCAUAAUUCAUGGUGAUGGCAUCAAUACUGAGGAAGAGGUGAUUAAGGAGAUGAAGAGUUUUAUUGCUAGCAAGAGGAGAGAACUGCUGAAACUAGUUUUGCAGGAAAAGGGCAGUGUGGUUCCAAGAGCUUGCAAGGAUUUGUUUUGGAAUAUGAUCAGAGUGCUUCACACAUUUUACAGGAAGGAUGAUGGAUUCACUUCAGAUGAGAUGAUCAAUGCCGUAAAUGCAAUAAUUGAAGAACCCAUUGUUCUUAAUGUAUUGUAAAAGUUCAUGUUAGAAUACUGGUUGGGGAGGUAAUUCGUUAUGUUCGAGCAUAUGCAACAAUUGGAGCCUAAAAACAUUGCCAGCAUAUGAAAAGAAUGUUCAUGAAGAACAAAGUAUUGAGGACACAGAAGGGCUUACUUUUUUCCUUAAUGGGGCUCUUUCGUGCAGCAUUGAGAUUUUGAUUUCAAAAAAUUAAUUAUGCAAUCAUGCUGAUCUAACAUUAUUUGAGUA